AUCAUUUUCCUGAAACAAGGUGAUAGGAAAGGAUUUUAGCCAUUAGAAAAAAGAAGAAGAAGAAGAAAUAAAUAUUUUCCUUUGGAUCUCGUUGCUGGCUGCUCUGGCGUACGUCUGUGAGGUUACCACAGAAAGAAGAGAAGAAUAAGGCGACAGCAGUCGAGAUGGCCUCUCACUCUCAGGUUUUGGUGGAAGAGAAAUCGAGUGUUAGAAUCUUGACACUAAACAGACCAAAGCAGCUGAAUGCUCUGUCCUUCCAUAUGAUCUCUCGGUUGCUGCAACUGUUCCUUGCACAUGAGAAGGACCCUAGCGUAAAACUUGUCAUCCUAAAGGGUCAGGGAAGAGCCUUUUGUGCUGGUGGCGAUGUUUCAGCUGUUGUUCAUGACAUCCGACAAGGCAACUGGAGACUCGGUGCCAAUUUCUUCUCAGAUGAAUACAUGCUCAACUAUGUUAUGGCCACGUAUAGUAAAGCUCAGAUUUCAAUUUUGGAUGGUAUUGUCAUGGGAGGCGGAGCUGGUGUCUCCGUCCAUGGUCGGUUUCGUAUUGCAACUGAGAACACGGUUUUUGCCAUGCCUGAGACAGCUUUGGGGCUCUUUCCAGAUGUAGGCGCCUCCUAUUUCCUUUCAAGGCUCCCUGGGUUUUUUGGAGAGUAUGUUGGCCUCACAGGUGCUAGGUUAGAUGGCGCCGAAAUGCUUGCUUGUGGUCUUGCAACUCAUUUUGUGCCUUCAGCGAGGUUGACUGCUCUAGAAGCAGAUCUUUCCAGAGUUGAUUCAACUGACCCAACCUUUGCCUCAACAAUUCUCGAUGGAUACACUCAGCAUCCACACCUGAAACAGCAGAGUGCUUACCACAGGUUAGAUGUUAUUGAUAAGUGCUUCUCGGGGAGAACAGUCGAAGAAAUUAUGUGUGCACUGGAGAGGGAGGCCAGUCAUGAAGCCGAUGAUUGGAUCUUAGCUACCAUUGGAGCAUUGAAAAAGGCUUCACCAGCAAGCCUGAAAAUCUCUCUUAAAUCGAUAAGAGAAGGAAGAUUGCAGGGGGUGGGGCAGUGUCUUAUCCGUGAGUAUAGAAUGGUGUGUCAUGUGAUGAAGGGAGAAAUAAGCAAUGAUUUUGUGGAGGGGUGCAGAGCCAUAUUGAUAGACAAAGAUAAGAAGCCAAAGUGGGAGCCAUGGCGACUGGAGGACAUGAAGGAUAGCAUGGUAGAGCACUACUUUAAGAGAGUGGAGGGAUGUGAGGAUUUAAAGCUUCCAGCAAGGAAAAACUUGCCUGCUUCAGCAAUCGCAAAACUGUGAAGUGUGGAGGUGGUGAUGGAGCACUAUGGUUGAGGUCUGAAAAAGAAAAUAAAUGUAACAACGCUUGUGUUGAAUGGGCCUUGCAUAUUUAUGUACAGUAUAUACAUAAUAUUGCGAAAGCAGAUUAAGACGAAUAAGAAGAAAGGAUUAUUGUAUUCGUAGAUGACACCAAAGCAGAUGUUAAGAUUUGUUAAUGGUGUUGGAGGGCACAACCAUGGCCAAUGGACGUGGAGGCACGUCUCUUUUGUUUAUCAAUUAUCAAUUCAUUUA